UUACCAUUUUCUUCCACAUUGUCCCCUUCUUUUCUUUGCCUUGUCACACUCUAUUUUUUCCUCUAUGCUAAUUCUUAAACCAUAAUAGUAGCCAUAGAAUAGAGUCACACACACUCUACUAUUGUUAUUAUUGAAAAAUAAAUAAAAAAUCAAUUGUAGGAGAUUGAUUCGUGGCAUUGACAGUGAGACAAGUCUGCCUUUUGUCUUCUUCUCUGUGACCCCCUUUCACUCUCUACAUUCCGCCAAAUUUGUCUUCUACCUGCACGCGCCUCUUCCGCUCUUCUUCUCUCAAAAAACAGAUGGAUAGAAUCAUGGGUUCCAAUCUAAGACCCCAUCUCUUCAACACUCUCUGAUAUGCCUUGUACUGCAUCUCUGAUCCACCAAGUUCAGGUUGCAGAUUCUUCAUCUUCAAACGCCAGCAAAACUGCACAGAAUCUAGUUAUCUGCGUUUACCAAUGCCGGAUAAGAGGUAAGUGCUGCUUGAUAACCAUCACGUGGAGUAAGAGCUUGAUGGGGCAAGGACUUAGCGUUGGGAUCGAUGAUUCUUCAAAUCAGUGUCUGUGUAAGGUGGAUAUCAAGCCCUGGGUGUUUUCCAAGAGGAGGGGCAGUAAGAGCUUAGAGGCUUAUUCUUGUAAGAUUGAUGUGUAUUGGGACCUUUCUUCUGCUAGAUUUGGUGUUGGUCCUGAACCCUUGGAGGGGUUUUAUGUAGGAGUAGUUGUAGAUCGGCAAAUGGUUCUCCUUCUUGGAGAUUUGAGGAAAGAGGCCUUCAAGAAAUCCGGUGCCAUUCCGUUACCCUCUAAUGCAGUGUUUGUUGCCAAAAAAGAACAUGUUUUUGGCAAGAAGAUGUUUGGUAAUAAGGCUGUGUUUUGUGACAAUGGUCAGAUUCAUGAUCUUGUCAUAGAAUGUGACACUUCAGGGGUGUCUGAUCCGUGCCUUAUCAUUCGCAUAGAUAGCAAAACGGUGAUGCAGGUGAAGAGGCUGAAGUGGAAGUUUAGGGGAAACCAUACCAUCUUGGUGGAUGGCCUUGCAGUUGAAGUUUUCUGGGAUGUUUAUAAUUGGCUCUUUGGCACAUCUCUUGGAAAUGCUGUCUUUAUGUUCAGAACAUGCAUUUCCGAGGAAAAAUUGUGGGCUGGGCAACCCCUUUCUGAUGCAAAUGUGCUGCAGUGGUCGUUCUCUCAGAGGUUUUCUGAGACCAAGUCACAAGGUCUUGGCUUCUCCCAUAUUUUAUACGCGUGGAAGAACGACUAGAGUUGUGGAAAUCCACCAUACUCACCAUACUAACAGACCAUUUAGUGAGUUGUGGGUUAUUGACGAUAUGAUUGUUUUACACUUGAUCAAAGAUGAGUACUUUUGUUGUAUCGUUUCUACCUUAAAUUCAUACCUCAAUAUAUCUGUGCAUUUGAACAGAUCAUGGACAUUUUUUUUUUCUCCAA